UAUGGUGAUGGCUACAUCAUGAUUGGCUUCUCCCUUGGCUUCUUUGUGGUGAUUUCCACACACAUGAGUGAGAUUGGUCAAGAGCUGUUCCAGGCAAGCAACCACAAAGAUAAUCUAACCAGUAUCGCCAUUUCACAGUCGUUGAACAAAGCUGCAUCUUGUGGUGACAACAAUAUUAAAAUCCAUGACUUGAGUGAGCUAAAAGAAAUGUAUGCGAUCAUCACCCCUGGAUGAUGAAACUAAAGGUUUAGAUAGACUUUCCUGGACAGAUGAUGGACAGUUGUUGGCAGUAUCCACUCAGCGAGGGUCACUCAGUGUCUUCUUAACCAAACUUCCUAUCUUGGGAGAUACAAGUGGCACCAAGAUUGCCUAUCUCACAUCCCUGCUGGAGGUCACUGUGUGCAAUCUGGCAGAAGGGGAGUUGCCAAUCACAGUUUCUGUUGAGGUGGAACCUAAUUUUGUGGCUGUGGGUUCUUACCAUGUUGCUGUAGGAAUGAACAACCGGGCCUGGUUCUAUGCUCUGACCGAGAAUGGUGUAGAGAAGCUGAAGGACAUGGAAUACCUGGGAACUGUUGCAAGCAUGAGCCUAAAUUCUGAUUAUGCUGCUGCUUUGUUCGAGGGCAAAGUACAGCUUCAUAUGACUGGGCUUGUGAAGUACUUUUACCUUGAAGAUUGGCAAUACGUUAAUGAAUACCGACACCCAGUCAGCAUACGAAAGAUCUUUCCUGAUGCAUCUGGAACAAGAUUAGUUUUAAUCGAUGAAAAGACAGAAGGAUUUGUGUAUUGCCCACAAAAUGAUAAUUUGUAUGAUGAGAUUCCGAACUUUUCCCCAACUAUCAAAGGCAAUACUUUUGGGAAAACUGGGGCAAUGGAGGAUAAAGGGGUCUUCUGUGCCUUUGAUGAUGACAAGGUGUUUCAUACGUUUUUGUCACAAGGACACUAUACAAGGUUCCAAGGUUAUCCUAGCAGGAGGAACUAAGCUACCUUAUGCUCAUAAACCUGUUCUCUUACACAAUGGAGAGCUGACCUGUCAGACUCAGAGCGGAAUGCUAAACAACAUCUAUUUAAGUACAACACCAAUUUUAGCCUGAGCAGUGUAAAGGAUACAGAUGCCAAAGAGCUUACAAAGAUGCUAACACAGACUUUAAUGUUGAGAAGGUUUUCAGAUUCCUGGGAUGUCUGCAGUUCACUGAAUGCAGAAGAGAACUGGAAUGAGCUUGCCCGGGCCUGUCUGCACCACAUGGAGGUGGAAUUUGCAAUACGUGUAUAUAGGAAGAUUGGAAAUGUGGGCAUGGUGAUGUCACUAGAACAGAUAAAGGGGAUAGAGGAUCACAAUCUCCUGGCUGGUCAUCUUGCCAUGUUCACCAAUGACUUCAACUUAGCACAGGACCUGUACCUAGCUUCUAGCAGUCCUAUAUGUGCACUUGAAGUAAGACGAGACUUGCAGCAUUGGGAUAGUGCCCUACAACUUGCAAAACGCCUGGCUCCCAACCAGAUACCAUUCAUAUCAAAGGAAUACGCAAUACAGCUGGAAUUCACGUGA